CGUAGAGAACUCUUCGAAAAUUUUUGCUACGUAUUUGUAUUGGUUAUUCUGUACGACGUACGCGUUGGUGAGCUAACCAAGUUAUCUUCAGUCAGCAGCUAUACAAUAUUAAUAUAAAAUAUAAAGUAAUAAAUAUUUAAUAUAUAUAUAAAAUGUCGGAUUCGGAAGCAAGUAAUCUCUCUGAUAAUGAAAGUGAUCGUGGCGGUGGCGGUAGCGAAAGUGAUCAAGAAGAAAAUCACUCAGUAAAAUCCGCAGCUGGCAGCGAUGCAGGUAGUGUUGGUGAAAGAUCUCAUAGUGCUUCUCGCAGUAGAAGUCCAUCUAGAUCACGAUCUAGAAGUCCAUCAAGGUGGCGAUCACGAUCUCAAUCAGCAUCUGGUUCUGACGAUGGUAGAGGAGAUGAAGCAGAAGAAGCAAGAUCUGGUGAUGAAGAAAUGGUGGAGCCUGAAGAAGAACCUGAAGGAGAAGAUUUGGAAGGAAGUAGUGAAUAUGAUGAAGAAGAAGAAGAAGAAGACGAUGAUAGGCCUCGCAAGAAAAAGAAAAAAGAUAAAUAUCGUGAUUUCAUUAUAGACGAAGCUGAAGUAGAUGAUGAAGUAGAAGAUGAUGAUGAAUGGGAAGAAGGUGCUCAAGAAAUUGGAAUUGUUGGAAAUGAAGUAGAUGAAUUAGGUCCUACUGCUAGAGAAAUUGAAGGCAGACGUAGAGGAACAAAUCUUUGGGAUUCCCAAAAAGAGGAUGAAAUAGAAGAAUAUCUUCGAAAAAAGUAUGCAGACGAAUCUAUUGCUACUCGGCAUUUUGGAGAUGGGGGCGAAGAAAUGAGCGAUGAGAUCACUCAACAAACUUUGUUGCCAGGUGUAAAAGAUCCAAAUCUAUGGAUGGUAAAAUGUCGUAUUGGAGAAGAAAAAGCCACAGUACUCCUAUUAAUGCGAAAAUUUAUAACAUAUCAAUUUUCAAACGAACCUCUUCAAAUAAAAUCCGUGGUUGCACCUGAAGGAGUAAAGGGUUAUAUUUAUAUAGAAGCAUAUAAACAGCCACAUGUAAAAGCAGCUAUUGAAAACGUAGGAAAUUUAAGAAUGGGUAUUUGGAAACAACAGAUGGUACCAAUUAAAGAAAUGACUGAUGUAUUACGUGUAGUUAAAGAACAGACAGGCUUAAAAGCGAAACAGUGGGUUAGAUUAAAGAGAGGCAUUUAUAAGGAUGAUAUAGCUCAAGUUGAUUAUGUUGAUUUAGCGCAAAAUCAGGUUCAUUUGAAAUUGUUACCCAGAAUUGAUUAUACUAGACCACGUGGCGCUUUAAGAACAGCACAAAGUGAAUCUGAAGCCUUAAAACGUAAAAAAAAAAGAAGACCAGCAGCCAAACCGUUUGACCCCGAAGCAAUCCGCGCUAUUGGAGGAGAAGUUACGAGCGAUGGUGAUUUUUUAAUUUUUGAAGGAAAUAGAUACAGUAGAAAAGGAUUUUUAUAUAAAAAUUUUACGACAAGUGCUAUUAUUGCCGAAGGUGUAAAACCAACUUUAUCUGAAUUAGAAAGAUUCGAAGAAGCUCCUGAAGGAGUUGAAUUAGAUUUAAGUGGAGCUCCAGGAACUGGUGCAUCUGGUAAUAAAGAAGAUUCAGCUGUGACACAUUCUUUUAGUACAGGGGACAAUGUCGAAGUAUGUGAGGGUGAAUUGAUCAAUUUACAAGGAAAAAUUGUAUCAAUAGAUGGAAAUAUGAUUAUGGUUAUGCCAAAACAUGAGGAACUUAAAGAAGCUUUAGAAUUCCAAGCUUCUGAAUUACGAAAAUAUUUCACUAUGGGUGAUCAUGUUAAAGUUGUGGCAGGAAGAUAUGAGGGUGAUACUGGUCUGAUAGUUCGAGUAGAACAAAAUAGAGUAGUUCUAUUUUCUGAUCUUUCAAUGCAUGAAUUAGAAGUUCUUCCAAGAGACUUACAACUUUGCUCUGAUAUGGCAACUGGUGUAGAUAGUUUAGGUCAAUUUCAAUGGGGUGAUUUAGUGCAGUUAGAUGCACAAACAGUAGGUGUGAUAGUUCGACUUGAACGUGAAAAUUUCCAUGUUCUUUCCAUGCAUGGAAAAGUUAUAGAAGCUAGACCUCAAGGACUUACAAAAAGACGUGAAAAUAGAAAUGCGGUAGCAUUAGACUCUCAACAAAAUACUAUACAGAAAAAAGAUAUUGUUAAGGUAGUGGAUGGUCCACAUGCUGGAAGAGGUGGUGAAAUUAAACAUUUAUAUAGAAGUUUCGCAUUUUUACAUUCACGAAUGUUUGUUGAUAAUGGUGGAAUUUUUGUUUGUAAAACGAGACAUUUACAACUUUCUGGUGGAAGUAAGUCCAAUAUAUCGUCCAUGUCACCAAUGACAGGAUUUAUGUCGCCGAGAAUUGCUUCACCAAUGCAUCCUAGUGGUGGUGGUUUCGGAAGAGGUGGAGGUGGAAGAGGCAGAGGUCGCGGUGGUGGAGCUAGACGUGAUAGAGAAUUGAUAGGAACUACUAUCAAAAUAACAGGCGGACCAUACAAAGGAAACGUUGGAAUAGUCAAAGAUGCUAUAGAUACGACUGCUCGUGUAGAGUUACACUCUACUUGUCAAACCAUUUCUGUAGAUAGAUCUCAUAUUGCAAACGUUGCAGUACUUACAAAAGAUGGUGGUUUCAGCAGUUAUAAUAGGACACCAGCAUAUGGUGGCGGACAGACACCAAUGUAUGCCAGAGAUGGAUCUAAGACUCCCAUGCAUGGUUCUCAAACACCUAUGUACGAAAAUGGUUCUCGUACACCUCAUUAUGGUUCGAUGACACCAUCUCACGAUGGUUCACGUACACCUGGGCAAUCUGGAGCUUGGGAUCCAGCUGUUACUAAUACUCCUGCAAGAACAAAUGAUUUUGAUGGAUAUAGUAUGGAAGAAGGCGGAUCUCCAGGUUAUGCACCAGGAUAUCCUCCCACAGGUGGACCAUUCACGCCACAAACACCUGGGACAAUGUAUGGUUCAGAGCAGAGUUUCAGCUCGUAUCAACCAAGUCCAAGUCCAGCAGGAAGUGCUACUGCAAGUCCUAGCCCUGCGGGAUAUGUUGCUACUCCUUCACCAAGUGGUACUGGUUAUACCACUAGUCCUCAUGGAGCUUUCGCUACGCCUUCACCGAUGGGUUAUAGUCCUAUGACUCCUGGAGUAGCAGGUAGUCCGUACAAUCCACAAACACCAGGCGCUGGCUUAGACACUGGCGUUGGUGCUGGAGUCAUUGGAGGAACUGAAUGGCAUACCACAGAUAUUGAAGUUCGAAUCCGUGAUUCUCAUCAGGAUCCUGCAUUGGCGGGUCAGCAAGGUGUUAUUAGAGGAAUAUCUGGUGGAAUGUGUGCAGUCUUCCUACCCGUAGAAGACAGAGUAGUGAACUUGGUUUGUGAAGAACUAGAACCAGUAGUUCCAUCGCGGGGGGAUCGAGUCAAAGUAAUUAUUGGAGAAGACAGAGAAGCAGUGGGGACAUUACUCUCCAUAGAUAAUCAAGAAGGUGUGGUGAAAUUGAAUAAAGACGAAGUGAAGAUGUUGCAUUUGCGAUUUUUAUGUAAGAUGAAGGCACCGAAUACAUAAUUCUUCAUUCCAAGGCAAUCUUCUAAACUUGAAAAAGCUAACACUCGCAUGGAUAUGGGUAAAAAACUUAAGGAACGAUCAUUGAUAGAUCCGGACAUUUCUAUUUUAAAAAAAGAAUUAUCCUAAGAAUUCUUACUUGUUUUCUAAUUUCUAAAUAAUUAACUUAGAAAUAUAUUUUCUAACAUAUUUCAAUAUAUAUUUUCUAAUAUACUAAAAUAUUAUUUCUUAAAAUUUUCUAUCAAAUAAUCAUUUAAAUAGUUUUUUAAAUAGUUAUUUAAAAAAAAUCUUUUAUUUUUAGGAUUUUUCAUCUCUAAAAAGUUUUGUAUAUUCUAUAUAUUUAUUUUUCUUAAACUUUGCUUACUUGCACUUACUUUGCAGUUAUUAUAUUUUUAACAAUAUUUAAUGUUUUUUUCUAUAGCAUAUUUUUCUUUUUUUUUCUUGCUUUUUUCGCAUAUAUGCUUUAGUUUGUAUGCUUGUAAAUUUCAAUUAUAUAAUUUUUUAAUUCAAUUACAUGUUUUUGUUUGAAUUAUUGUUACUUAUAUUAAAACUAAUUUGUAUGUUUGUAAUGUUUUCUUCAGCACAUAAUUUUUAAUUGAAGUAUCUAUUUUCUGAUUUAUUAAUUCACCAAAUUUUCUGAAAAUUUUUUUCCUCUCAUUUUCUUUAUAAUACUAGCAUUAUAAUACUAGAAUCUCUUUCUCUCUAUUUCGAUUUCGAUAAUUUUUUUAAUUGAACUAUAUAUUUAUCAGCUUUAUAUUUUAUGAAAAAUGAUGAUUCAAAGUAGUUAUCGAAUUAUAUGUUAGUGAAGCUGAAUGUUAAUUGAAGAAUUAUUUUAUCACAAAUAAAAUCUGGCUGAUAAAAUUUUCCUCGAUCCAAAGAAACCCACUAAGGACCGUGCGAGUGUUGCAAAGAUUUAAGCGCUUCAGGAAUUCGAAAAAUUUUUAACAAGAAUUGUUCAAACAACGUAAUGAUUUUACGUUGUACUUGUUAUGUUUAAAAUAGCAAUCAAAUUAUUUAAAAUAAAUACAUAUUAUUAUUGUGAA